CGUGUUCCAAUUCCAAAUGGACGGAAAGUUCUCGGAGGAAACUUUCUUGAGGGCAAAUGUAAACUUGUCAAGCCCCAUUAAUAAUUACACUUGUUGCGUUUGGUUUUGGGUCCAACAUGACCGUGGGACAAACCGAAAUUCGUUGGUGUCUGUGUCUGACUUGGUCACUAAACAAGAUAAUGUGUUAUACAUUGCCUUUGCCUUUGACAAGGAGAAACUCGAUGCCACAUUGAAGAUCACAGUUGGGCUAAUUUCUUUUCUGGUUGAAUUGGAUGCCUUCGACUUCCAAAGCUGGUUUCAUGUCUGCGUUGUUAUCGUAGAUGUUUCAGGGGAUCGACAUCUCAAUGUUUUUGUGAAUGGACUUGCCAAAUUGUCAGAGCAAGACCUCCUUAGCACUCAUCAACGCAUGCCUUUAAAAGAAAACGUGGUAAUCCUUGGUCAAGAUCAAGACUCUCCGGGAUCUCGUUUUGAGUACGAUCAAGCUUUCUCCGGGAAAUUAUCUGGAUUCAACCUAUGGGAUCGUUCUCUGAUGCCCGAAGAGAUCCUUGGCCUGAGUCAAUGUUCCCUCAAGUCCCAAGGGAACAUCCUGUCGUUCUCACGGAUGAAAGACUUUCAUAUUGAAAAUGUUACAUUGAUGGAGAGCGAGAUGACCCCUUGUGAGGAGGUGAAAGAAAAAUACGCCCUUGUUACCGAACCAAUGGGGUGGGAUGGGUCAUUUGCCGUGUGUAAACUUUUGGGCGGCGAGCUACCCAUAUUGGACAAAGACAGUGCCUACCAAAGAAAUGACACUGAUGCAGAAUAUCAGUUCUUUAAAGGCGUUUUUAUGAACAAGUUCAAAUUGGGCAAGUGGGUGGACGAUCCAAAAUGUAUUUAUACAGAGGCGUACACGAAAGAGAUUUACAGUAUCAGCAUUCGAAUGGGCCAAAAAAGAGACGAGGAGGGAGUAUGGAUUAACCCUUAUACUUAUGAAGCGUUGACAUUUUACCAACCGACACAUGAGUAUUACAAUGGACUGAACUGUGCCACCUUAGUACGCCAAGAGAUCCGCCAAAAUCAUUGCGAGAAAAGUAUUCGGCCUUGCACAUUAUGUCGACUUAAACCUGGCACCAAGUUUUCCUUGAAGGGGUUGAGCUUGCCAACAACUUCCAAGCUUCAACAUUUUGACACAAAAUUCUACUUGGACGACUAUCUCAAGAAUGGACACCUUCAUUGGUUGGGUAUUACACUAUCUCAUAUAUUCUUCAAUGACUCCUUGGGUCGAUGGGUGUUGCAAUCGUUUGUUGAUCCACCAAUGGAAAUGCAUCUGACCAUCAAAAGUGGAGAGCUUCCAUUUGGAAGGAAGUUAUGGAAGUACCAUGACUCCGGAAUUGAGACCAAAUUGACUUUUUCUACUUGCAAAGAUGAUGAAUUCACUUGUGAAGAUGGGGAUUGCAUCCAUAUCACGCAGCGGUGCAAUCGGUACACCAAUUGUGCAGAUACGUCUGACGAGUGGAAUUGUAGCACCAUCAUUUUUCCGCCUUCUUAUGUCAAGGAAAUGAUUCCCGUUCAAGAAGACUAUUUGCCCAUCCAAGUGAAGCUAAACAUUCACUUCAUUCCAAGUGUCAACACAGCCCAGCUGAAAUUUGCUUCCCACACCACCAUCCGAUUAGUUUGGGACGACUUCAGGCUCAAAUUUCAAAACCUGCGCAGUGAUAGUAAAUUGAACCGGUUAAGCACUGAAGAGAUGACUAAGAUCUGGAGUCCUGUUUUAAUCUUCGCUAAUAGCUUGGGCGUGGAACAGUUCCAAGUGGAUACGUCCACCAAUGGAAUUGUCUCCAGGCACACGGAAGGCAGCAUUCAGGUCCUGGAUAAUGCCCAAGAAGGAUAUAGUUAUCAUGGUGAAUCCAAUUACAUUCAUUUGUCCCGGGAGUUCUUCAAUGAGUAUCUGUGUCAUCUCCAAUUGGAUAAUUAUCCAUUCGACUACCAAGUUUGUUUGCAAGUGUACACUCUGCCCUACAACAUCGCUCCUUUUGUCAAAUUUGUGAAAGGAGACUUGCCUAUUCGUUACUCGGGCCAACGAGGACUGACCGAAUUUGAUAUUCUUAACGAGGUGUUGCAAAUCACAGAGAACGGAACCAAGGUUGAGGCAAAAAUUAUUUUUCAACGCCGAAUCGAGUACCACUUAUCCAACACUUUCCUUCAAAUGUCCAUACUUCUAUUGAUUGGAUAUUUGUCCUUCUUCUUUGACUUGGAAGAUUUCACCAAUCGAAUUAUGGUCACACUCACCACCAUGCUUGUUGUUGCCACACUAACAGCAUCCAUUCAAACUGACUUGCCCAAGACAGCCUAUUUUAAGAUCAUUGACGUUUGGUUUUUGUUCAUUCUUCAUGUCUUGGUCCUGAUUUUCUUCUGUCACACUCUCAUUGGAGCCGUGGACGAAAACGUAGCUAAUUGUAUCCAUCCUCUUUCAUCUUGGACCCAAAAACCUGGAAUGAAAGCUCGAUUGAAUUGGAUGGCGAAGAUCGGGGUAUUCACUCUUAUUGUUCUGUUUAAUGUCUGCUUCUGGUCAUUUGCCUUGAAUGCCCAUUUCACUGUCCCCAAAAUCGAAUAAAUCUUGGUUGAUGUUGUUUGUAAAGCA